UUUGAAGGUAACCAAAAACUAAAAGUUCCGGAGGAACAAGCCUGGUAUAAUUAGGAUGUGAUUCUACUUUUGUGACACAGAAUAGGGGCUACGUCAAAAAAUAGGAACAAAGUUACGUUACAUCCCAGCAAUAAAGGUCCUACAAUAGCAAUAAUUUAAGUAUUGAGAAGCAAAUAGUUUCAUACAACUUGUAGGCCAUGUUGUGAUCGCUGUUAUUUCUGAGGUAAGAAUAAUUUUAUGUAACCUAACCUGAACUAUGGAUCAAUUACAAUAGAAGUGCCUGAAUCGAUGAUAUUAUGACACCAAUUUACGGCAUAUCUCGACACUACGCACGUGUCGUAUCAGAAGUGAGAUGCUCCGAACAUACCACCGGUAAGAGCUUCUCGAACAAGUAUGAAAUGAUGAGGAAGUUUCACCUAAACUUGUCGCUUACAGAAUUUAUUGGGGUGGUCUAGAUUUUGGAGUUAGAAUUACCGAGACUACUAG